ACUGCUGUACCAUUUGUUUUUUAACCAACAGCCACAGCUUUGAACAUUAUCAGUCUUUAAUUCCUUAUGUGGAAGUAUUCAAACACGGCAGCCUGUAUUGUUAAUUUCUUUUCUUGCGAAAACAUAAUCCACUUUCAAGGUUUGUUUAAUUUUGGCCAUUGACUAUGUAUAGAAACAGUCUAAAAUCAGAAAUGUGUUAGGAAAACUUGAACGUCAAGACUUAAUUGUGCCAAUAGAGCUUUUGGUUUAGGACUAUGUUUUUUGUGUUGUUUACUUCAUUCCAAGAAGUCAGAUAGAUUCUGGCAGAAACUCAGCAGGAGAUUUUCUUCCCCGUUUCAUAGUGAUCCAAAAAGAGGUGUAAAUACUUUUGAAGUUCUGGUUGUAUGAAUGAUGGAACAAAAACUACAGGUUUUUCUGCUUGUUGCAAUAUCCCAAACAUGGGUCGCCGUAUAUUCAAACAAUCAAGACUUUCUUGGUUUAAAGUCUCUUGAUUGGAAGAACAAACCUCCUAAUUGGGUUGGUGCGGAUCCUUGUGAAGCCAAUUGGGAUGGCAUUGACUGCAGCGAUAAUCGUGUUACAUCCAUAACGUUAUCAAGCAUGGGGUUAGAAGGUCAGCUGUCUGGAGAUAUCGAACAGUUAUCUGAACUACAGACUCUGGAUUUGUCUUACAACAAGAAACUGACAGGACCACUCCCACAGUCAAUAGGGAAUCUUCAAAAACUUAAUAAUUUAAUCUUGGUUGGUUGUGCCUUCUCUGGUCAAAUUCCUGGCACAAUAGGAUCUCUAAAGGAGCUGGUCUUUAUAUCUCUGAACUCUAAUCGUUUCACUGGUCUGAUUCCACCAUCCAUUGGUAAUCUAUCCAAACUUUAUUGGCUAGAUCUAGCAGACAACCAAAUAGAGGGAACUAUCCCAGUCUCUCGUGGGAACACACCUGGUCUUGACAUGUUACUUCAUUGCAAGCACUUCCAUUUUGGAAAGAAUAAGCUCGAAGGCUCAAUUCCAGAAACGCUUUUCAGCUCAAAUAUGACUUUGAUACAUGUGCUUUUCGAUAGUAACCAAUUGACUGGGAGCAUUCCUUUGAGCCUUGGACUUGUUAAGAGUUUAGAAGUGGUCCGCCUUGAUGGGAAUGAAUUGAGUGACGAUGUACCCACAAACCUCAAUGAUCUUACAAAUGUUACUGAGUUGAUCUUGUCCGAUAACAAGCUGAGUGGCCCUCUUCCUAACCUUACCGGCAUGAAUGGCCUGCAUUUCCUAGAUUUGAGCAACAAUAGUUUUGACACUUCCGAUUUUCCUUCAUGGAUUUCAACCUUACAGUCUUUGACAACAUUAAUAAUGGAGGACACAAAUCUUCAAGGACCGAUUCCGGUUGACCUAUUCAGUCUUCCAAAUCUAGAGACUGUGGUUCUAAGGAAGAACAAACUCAACGGUACGUUGGAUAUUGGAACAUCCUAUAGCUCCCAUCUGAACCUCGUUGAUUUGAAGAACAAUCAAAUUACCAAAUUUGCCAAUAGUGAUGAAGUGCAGGGCAUUGAUAUUAUACUUUUGGAUAACCUGAUUUGUCUGGAAACAACAGAAACCAAAGCGAAUUACUGUAGUAACUCAGUUUCCCACUCUAGUAAUAGCUCAUAUGUUACACCUGAAAAAAACAAUUGUAUUCGUACUCCUUGCAGUUCAGAUAAGAUUUCCAGCCCCAACUGCCUAUGUGCUUAUCCAUACACAGGAACAUUAAACUUCCGAGCUCCUUCCUUCUCAGACUUGGAAAACGAAACUUACUACCAAAUACUCGAGAAUUCUCUCACGUCCUUUUUCGAGAAAUUUAAAGUUAAAGUUGAUUCUAUUGCUUUGAGUAAUCCCAACGAGGUUUCCUCUGAAUAUCUAAAUAUAAAGCUAGAAAUAUUCCCAUCUGGCCAUGAUAGUUUUGAUAGAAAAGAAAUUUCAGAUAUGGGUUUUGCUCUUAGCAACCAAACAUACAAGACCCCAAAAACUUUUGGUCCCUUCUUUUUUAUUGCUGACCAGUAUGAAAGCUAUGCAGACUCAAUAGAAGUUCCUUCAGACUCAAACAAGUCAUCCAAGACAAGUAUUAGCAUCAUCAUUGGAGGAGUGGUUGGUGGUUUGGCUGUUGUGGUGUUAUUACUUCUUGCAGGGCUGUAUGCUUUCCACCAGAAGAAGAGAGCAGAAAAAGCUACUGAGCUGAGCCGCCCUUUUGGGAGCUGGGAUACAAAUUCAAGUAGUGGAGCAGUUCCACAGUUAAAAGGGGCAAGGUGGUUCUCUUUUGAAGAGCUCAAGAAAUACACCAACAAUUUUUCAGCUGCAAAUGAUGUUGGAUCUGGGGGUUAUGGGAAGGUUUACCGUGGAACUCUUCCCACCGGAGAAUUGGUUGCCAUCAAAAGAUCUCUAAAAGAAUCAAUGCAGGGUGGAGUUGAGUUCAAAACUGAGAUCGAACUUCUUUCAAGGGUUCAUCACAAGAAUCUUGUCACCCUUGUUGGAUUUUGUUUUGAGCAAGGUGAACAAAUAUUGGUCUAUGAGUAUAUACCAAAUGGUUCUUUAAAGGAUAGUCUCACAGGUAAGUCUGGGAUUAGAUUGGAUUGGAUGAAAAGACUCCGAGUAGCUCUUGGUACUGCAAGAGGCCUUUCCUAUCUUCAUGAACUUGCCAAUCCUACAAUAAUACAUAGAGAUAUUAAAUCAACCAAUGUCCUUUUGGACGAUCGCUUAAAUGCAAAAGUUGCUGAUUUUGGUCUCUCCAAGCUUAUGAUGAAGGAUGGUGAUAAGGAUCAUGUAACUACUCAAGUCAAAGGAACAAUGGGUUACUUGGAUCCUGAAUAUUACAUGACACAACAGCUGACUGAGAAGAGUGAUGUUUAUAGUUUUGGAGUACUGAUGUUGGAACUCAUAACUGCCAAAAAACCUAUAGAGCGAGGGAAAUACGUCGUCAGAGAAAUUCGACUGGCAAUGGAUAAAACUAAAGAUCUAUACAACCUCCACUCAUUCAUUGACUCUACCAUGGGUUUGGGAACAAGAUUGAUUGGUUUUGACAAGUAUGUGGACCUGGCAUUGGAGUGUGUUGGAGAUUCUGGAGUAGACAGGCCUACAAUGAGUGACGUGGUGAAAGAGAUUGAAGCCAUCAUGAAGCUUGCUGGUUUGAACCCAAAUGCUGAUUCAGAACCCACAUCUGCAAGUUAUGAGUAUUCUAGUAAGAUGAGCUCCUCCAAUCCUUAUGGCGAAGAUGCCUUUGAUCAUAGCGGAACCUUCCCGCCAUCAAAGAUUGAGCCUCUGUAGCAUUGUUUCAAACACAAAAUAUCCAAGUUUGUUGAAAUUGGCAGGCCUUUUUAAAAAAAAUAUUAUUUGUAUAUGUAAAGAUAACCUUUGUGUUCUAUUUCAUAUGGUUGUUGUUAGAA